AUGCUGGAACGGUUCAAGAAAGCAUUGGGACGACGAAGCAAAGAGCAAUCCCCUUUGACACCGACAUCCAGCGUUUCGGGCCCCGCCGACACUAGAAACCGCAGCGAUCGUUGGCAGAUAGCGUAUGAUCAGCUAAACGAGACCGAACAGAGGAAUCUGUCGAGACUGCUUCUGUCAACAACGCCAACACAGUCUGGUGACAGCCGUUCGCGAACAAAAGAGAUACUAACACAAGUACUUGAAACAACUGAAAAGCAGUAUGAGGAGUACCAGCAGAACCGAAGUGCCAUUCGAGCGACGGCGCACAAAAUCCUCAACUCCACAUUGUCGUUUCAAGAUAUCAUCAGUAAUAUCGCGAGAUUGGACCCGACAGGCCAUGCUUCGAGCGCCUGGGCGAUAGUAUCCCUCGGCCUGACAAUGGCUAAAACCCAUACAGACCGGCGGGAUGCUCUUUUCGAGUCAGCAGCGUAUCUGGCGGACGUUUUGACGAGAUCUGCCUUUAUCGAACAACAGUUGUAUAGUGAGACAGACGUAGCGAUACCGAAUGCUGAAAAAGAUCGAUCGCUCAUCCGGGUUUACGUGGCAAUACUGCGCUAUGCGGCUGAAGUGUGCAGGAUUCAACAAUCUAGUAUAGGAAGAGAUCUCAUGGAGAGCAUAACAGCCAUAACGAGCCAGCCACUUACCCAGCUCAAGUCCUCGAUCAAAGAAGAGGAGUCGCAACUGCAACUCUGGCUACUUCUAGACCAGCACCUGCAUCGAAAGGCAGAGGCAGAGGCCAUUCUUGCUGGCAUCGACGAAGUGAGAAUGGCUGUGCAAGAAGUGGGCAAGGCAGUUACCUUGCUGAACCUGCCUUUCGCUGAUGGCGCGUUUUUUGACUCCUUCAGUGAUCAACAUGAAGAUGAAUGCCUUCCUAGAACACGGGUACAGUUGCUCCAGCAAAUCAAAGAGUGGGGAAGCUUGGGCGACAGAAGUAUAUUUUGGUUGAGUGGCAUGGCAGGAACAGGCAAGUCUACUAUUGCAAGGACAGUAGCUCGAUUGUUCAAGGAGCAAGGCAUCCUUGGAGCAAGCUUCUUCUUCAAAAGAAGCGAAGGGGAUCGAGGGUCAGCAGCAAGGUUCUUUCCAACAACUGUGAAGCAGCUAGCAGCUUAUAUUCCAGGAAUGAUUCCCGGGAUUCAAAAAGCACUAGAGGAUGAUCCUGCAAUUCCAGCAAAAUCACUCCGGGAACAGUUUGACAAGCUCUUCCUGAAGCCAUUACUUGCUGUGAAUCAGAAAAAGGUGGGAAUUCCUGCAGUGAUCGUUAUCGACGCCCUGGAUGAGUGCGGGCGAGAGGAAGAGGUGGAGGUUCUCCUCGAGCUCUUACCCAAGGUCCAAAAGGUAGUCCGAUUCUUCGUGACAGCCCGGCCAGAUCCAGCCAUCCGCUUUGGUUUCGCUCAAAUGGAUCCGAGCGAGUAUCAGAGCACUAUUCUUCAAGAUCUGGACAAUGAUGUGAUAAAGCAGGACAUCACUCUGUAUCUUCGGGAAGAAUUUUCAAAGAUAUGUCAGAAGCACCGGCGUUAUCUUGAUCAAAACUGGCCUGGGGAGGAGAAAAUCGAGGCAUUGGCAUCGAUGGCUGUUCCACUCUUCAUCUUUGCAGCUACUGUUUGUCGCUUCGUGGCUGACCGAAGAUUCAACCCAGAGAAGCGGCUGCAGCAGUUCCUUACAGAGCCCUCGGGGUCUAAUAUGGACAGGACAUACCGUCCGGUGCUGAACCAACUUCUUACGGACGAUAAAAGCGAUACGGAGCAGCUAGUGGGACAGUUCCAGGGAAUCAUUGGUGUGAUAAUUCUUCUUGCUGAUCCGCUCUCCCUCAUUGCCCUUGCACAACUCCUCGACAUACCAGAAGACGAUAUCAGCACUCAUUUGGAUUCUUUCCACCCAGUCCUGAGCAUACCUAAUGACCCACAGCUGCCUAUACGGACCCUGCAUUUGUCCUUUCAUGAUUAUCUUGUCGAUGAGCGCACGAGAACCCACGAAGCCACGUCUCAAUUCUGGGUGGAUAAACUAGCGAAACACGGCUUGAUAGCCACCCGGUGUCUCGCUGCCAUGUAUCGCUCACUACAAAAGAACAUUUGCAGGUUGCCGAGUUAUGGGACAAGUCGAGACGAGAUAGAUCCUGCCUCUAUUGCAAGCUCUCUCCCAGAAGCCCUUCAAUACGCUUGCCGUUACUGGGCUUAUCAUCUGAGCCAAGGCACAGUACCAAUAAGGAUCUUGGAUGGAGUCCUUCAAUUCCUGAAGAAGCACUUUCUUCAUUGGCUAGAGGUGAUGAGCAUUCUGGGACUUAUGCCUGAGGCUAUUAGUGCCGUCACUACACUGCUUGAACUGCUUAAUGCUACACCUAACAAUGAAAUAUUUAUCCUUCUGUCGGACGCCAAACGGUUUAUUCUAAAAAAUGCACACAUUGCAGCAAGAGCACCGCUGCAGCUAUACUGCUCUGGUCUUAUUUUCGCGCCACGAUAUUCUCGAACCAGAACCUUGUUUGUGGACGAUAUUCCUCAAUGGAUCCACCGACUCCCGGAGUUCGAAGACAAUUGGAGCCCGGAGCUCCAGACCCUCGAGGGCCAUGCUGGUAGUAUAAACUGCGUCAAAUUCUCCCCAGAUGGCAGGACCAUUGUCUCUGUUUCUUCUGACGGUACAAUCAAUCUUUGGAGCACAACAGGGACACUGGAGCGAACGCUGGAUGGUCAUGAAGCCGACCGGGAGAUUUUAGACGUCGCUUUCUCCCCAGAUGGCAACACAAUCAUUUCAGCCUCAGAGGACGGUACCGUUAAUCUCUGGAGUCGCACGGGGGACUUACAGAAAACACUGUACUUGCGGGAUGAAAAAAUGGUUGAUACCUGCUUCUCUCCCGACGGACGAGCGGUGGACGCUAGUUAUUAUAUACGGGAGGUCCCGAGCAAUAGCUUCACUAUAUCCGAUCUGAUCCCAAAGGAUGGCUUGAGAAGAGACGACCGCUUCCCUACCAGUCUGUUGUUCUCUCCCGAUGGGAAAAUCAUAGUCACUGGCUGCAGUGACGGCACCAUACAGCUGUGGGAUUGCCAUGGAAACUUACAGCACUCCCUCAAAGGUCACAACGAAUCUGUGAAUUCGGUAGCGAUAUCUCCAGAUGGAAACACGAUCGCUUCUGGGUCUACAGAUUGGACAAUCAAACUCUGGGAUGCUAUCACAGGGGCUAUGAGAGCUACGACGAUGAACCAUCUGGGGGAGGUGAAAUCAGUGAUCUUCUCCCCUGACGGCGGGCUUAUUGCGUCCUUUUCAGACGAAGUAUACCGAGGAACGGCAAAGGUGUGGGACAAAACAGGAGCUCUCAAACAUGCACUCGGCGGGCGUGAAAACGCCGUCAUCAGCGUGGCAUUCUCGCCCAAUGAUGCACUAACUGCAAUGGGGUUCAGAGACGACACAGUAAGCGUUUGGGAGACUGAUACUUGGACCCUGCACUCUCGGCUGAAUAGCGGUUCCUCGCCAGCAGAACUCGCAUUCUCUAGUGAUGGGAAACAGUUGGCAGCGGGGUGUUGGAGCAAGGUGGUAAACGUCUGGCAGCUGAACACCGGAACGCUUCAGAGUACACUGAGGGGGCAUUCCUCAGCGGUAAACUGCGUUGCUUUCUCACCUGACGGCAAACUGAUAGCUUCUGGAUCGGGAGACAGGACAGUCAGAAUCUGGGACGCCAGCAUCGGUACUACGUCCGAGUGCAAUCAAAAUGCACAUACAGGCGACGUGCGCACCGUAAGACUCUCACCGGAUGGGAGCCAUGUAGCAUCACAUGCAGUCGACGGCACAGUCCGGCUCUGGAACGCCGAUACAGGAGACCUGCAACAUAUCCUAUCGAACGAUGAACCACGGAACGACGGCUUCAUGUAUUCUCCGGAGGGCAUGCUGUUAUUGUUUGUUAGUGGAAUUGCCGCAGGGCCUAUGAUUUGGGAUGCCACCACGGGCAUUUUACAUUCCACUUUCCCUAGCGACGUCCCAGACAGCCUUGAAGGUGCAAGAUUUUCUCCUGAUGGUAGGACCAUUGUCUACCACACGAGACAGACUCUCAAUUUCAGAGACACUGCGUCUCAAGAGUUACUACACUCGGUGGAAGCGACCAGCAAUCUCUUCUUUCGCACCAAGUUUGUUUUCUCGUCUUCAGGCACCCAGGUCGCCAUAUAUGAAGGAGUUCCUUAUACCACACCUAGAAAUAAAGAAGGAGAGACCAAGGACAGAGAAGAAGCAGAUCUAAAGACGCUGACCACGUGGCGAGGAGACCGAAAGGUCACAGUUCACAGCACCAAAACAGGUGCUAUUCAAAGCGUCAUAAGCGGCCACCCAGAUCCGGCUAAAGUAGUCAAAUUCUCGCCGGAUGAUCGUUUCGUGGCAUCAGUCUCCUUCGAUGGAACAGUACGACUCUGGAAAACAGCUACCGGGGAGCUUGAGCACUGUCUUCAGCACUCGAGGCCUGUGGCUGCCCUGGCAUUUACACGGGAUGCGAAUACACUUGCUUCGUUGAGUGUCAGGGACAACACAAUCAAAGUCUGGGACACCGCUUCAGGAAUGCUACAGUACAUUCUACCCAGUGUCGAUGAAGUCGAAGACCUCGUCUCCUUUGCAGAGGACCGCAAGUUUCUAACAACAAACCGCGGCUCAAUCGACAUCGAGGCAUCGAGGGCGAAGGGAACAUGCGUGUUACGUCACGACAGUGUCUCCGUAGAGGACGGCGAGUGGAUUUACUUUGGUUGUCACAAGGUGCUCUGGCUCCCGCACGAGUAUCGUGGGGUCUCUGCUGUUCGGGACGGUCGAGUAGUUAUUGGACGCGGAACUGGCGAACUCACUUUCAUGGACUUUGUCUGUGGCUCCGAUGGGGCGUCCUAUGCACCUGUUUAGAUACCUGAUUCGAUUGGCGGGAGCUCUCCCCUAUACCAUGAGCAUACGCGCUAUUGCAGCACGCUUAGGCGUACCAAAACCCAGAGCUGACAGAAGGUGGAUGGAAACUAGGAGAAAGCUCAGGCAUAAUGAUCAAUGAAUGUUUCUAGGAAUGAUGAAGCUAUCUAGGAGCAAGCAGGCUAUAUGAAGCCAGGAUCGCGUGGUGCUAGGACACAGAGAACAAAGGGAGAGGUUCCGACAAGAACGAAAACUCAUAUUUGAAUGUGGGUAUCAUUGCCUGGACGGCUGCAUUCCGUCCCGGCCAUUCUUUCCAUCUCAAAUCCACCAACGAGUGGAGGAGCUGGGGUCUAACAAGCCAUCCCUCCGGACAAAGGUGGUGGAUUUGGCAAACAAAGAGCCCUCGGUCAAG